AAACGAAACAGUCAGUCCUGUCCAUCGAUUUUAAGAGGCAGUGAUUAUUGAUCUUGAUAAUCUUGAACUUGAUUCUACUACUAACUAAACGAAACUGACCAAACGAAAACAACAGUAUAGUUCUGUUGUCUACUAAAACGUGUCUCCUCGUUCUCAUUUGGUCUGUUCAUUUCAUCAACUCACGAAAUAACUUCAGAAUUUAUAAUUUAUUUUUAUCCAAUCCGGACGAAAAAAAACCCAUCUAUAAAUACACGAAAAUAUGGUACUCCCACUAAUAAUGGCAGCGGCCAGAGCUUAUGCCCCCUAUGUUAUUUGGCCCGCAGCUUUUGUGGUUGGGGCCAUUGGGUACAAAUUGGAAUGGUGGGUUCGAAGUGGGGAGGAAUCUCCAUGGAAAAAAGAAAGUAUCAGUGAUGAAAGAGUGAAGAGAAUUCUAGCAGAGAAUGAAAAUAAAGAUUUAACUGUUGUCGAUAAGCUGAAAGAUAGGAAGUUUAUACCAAAAACUGUUUUUGAUCAAUGAGUUCAUUAAUUUUUUAUCUUAAAUUAUGUAAAAUUAAUUUAAUUUGUUCAUCGUCUUUUUGUUUUUAAUAUAUUUUUAGAGUCAAA